AUGUCCGAUAUGGCGAGCUACCAAAAGUUGCGUAAAAAACAAAAACUCAACACCAAGCAAGCAAAUCAAAGAAUUGCCGAGGUUGCCGUUACAGUUGAUGAAACCACCGCGCUUCCUCAAGAUGACCCCAGAGGCCCAGAUUGCGGAAUUACUUGGUCAGACAGGCGGUUCCAACCACUAAAUCUGUAUCCACGCCUCAAACCAAACCAAAAGCCAAGUCCGGCUGAUAUCGAAACUGCGCAACAGUUAGCCCGCAAGUUGAUCUACUACUUCGAUCACGGAAAGGUUGCUCUGCUCGACAAAAAGAACAACCUGAAGGUGAUCGCCCUCAUCGAAUUCACCCCUCUGGAGCGCUUGUCGGAGCUUGAGCGAGCCGAGCUGAACACUGUAGCCACCUUUCUGAAUGGAGCGAAGGACUUUGUGAAUAAGAUCAACUGCCCUUCCCGCUCAUGGGGUGGAAACAUGCGGAUGGUGGGAUGGAGGAAAGGAAUGGAAUCCCUCGAAUUGCUUGGAAGGUACCGCGAUCAAGAUGCAAUUGACAAUGCCCAGGAUAAAUACGAUAAACUCAUGCGAGAAUCUUCGACUUCAUCGGACAUACUUGGACGGAUCUUCAAACGUUUUGCAAAUGUAGCAUUCCAAGACAAUCGGGAGUUGAUGGCCAAGGACUACAUACCCGCACACGCAGCUCUAGACUUCGAUGCUCCUCUUAAACCAGAUGACUGUGCUUCAAAUCUUAGUUUUACAAGAGACGAUUUUUACAAUCCCCCACAUUCUGAUAAGGGGGAUAUCUCUGAAUUUGCAUUCGGCCUCUUCUUCCCAAUCUCAAGAGCUGAUGGAAAACUGGCGAUGGGAUGUAAUCCGGAUAAUGUUUCUGGAGGCUCUUUUGUAUUCCCUAAUUACCGGUGCGGAAUCGAUUUCUCAAAGCAGAACGGAGUGGUCAAGAUGGUCUGGCGAGCAAAAGAUUAUGAACAUUGUACUUUACCACCAGGCGAAGCAAAGGCGAAUAUGCGUGCAGGCAUCUCACUUCAAAUCAAUCAAAAGACAGCAAGUGCAGCACGGGACUCAAAGUCUGGAGCGAUUUAUUCAAGACCUGCAAACAUAGGCAAAGAUAGGACUAAGAUGUAUAUGGGCAACCAUAAUUCUCAUUUGAAUCCGCCAAAUCGAAAUCCCUAG